AUAUAUAUAUAUAUUUAUAUAUAUAUUCGUUUAUAGGCCUAGUCUUACUGUAAUUCUACCAUGGACGGGGACCACGUCUUACGCGAUUUUAAAGAUAUUGAGACAAAGUUGGGUCGCAAAGUUCCUGAAAGUCUCAUUCGUUCCCUUGCAGGAGGAAAUAACCAUCACGACAAACAUGAGGAUACGAAAACGGCGACACCGAAAAACCAGUCGAACUCUGCUGACUUGAAACGACUGGAGAGCAAGAUGUUAUUUUUGAAACAGGAAAUGGCCCACCUCCGUGCCAUCGAUGUCAAGCUGAUGCAGCAGCUGAUGUCCAUCAACGACGGCAUCGAAUCCAUCAAAUGGGUGAUGGACGACAAGGAGGGAAUAGCCAGUCGUGAAAGCAGCCUGACAGGCAGCCUGUACAGCCUAUCAGACAGCCAGGACGACACCUCUUCACGCGGCAGCUUCAUCAGUCUGCACGACGGACACAGCGAUGGAUUGGACGGGAUAUCCGUGGGCAGCUAUCUGGAUACGUUGGAUGAGUUAGCAGAAGACCUUCCAGAACACCGUUCUCCAACGGACCUUGAUCUUUUCUCUGAUAAACCCGUUAUAGAGGACGAGACUUUCAGCAAGCCAACAAUGCGACUCAGAGUGGACUCCGAUGAGUACUACUGCUUUGGAUAGUGCUGCGUGGCUAUGGGAAUAAUACCAACGCAGACAAAGACCAGAGGGUUAUUUCACCUAGAGUUGUCAAGAGUUCAAAUUCUAAUAAAAUCAAAUACAGUUGGCAUGGUAACUUUGAUAACAUUUUAAAAUGAUGAACUAGGACUUCAACUGGUUGAAAUUUGAGUAGUUUAGAAAUGUUUCAUAAGGUGUCUUGUUCAUUGAGCUUGCUGUGUGAAAUAUAGAAGAUGGAUGUGUUCCCUUGAUGAUCAACGUUAUUUUCCUGCUGCUAAGUGUUCUAGGGUGAUGUCACAGUGACAUUUAAGUGGUUUUACAAGGGGCAACUUCUCACAGUUGUGCUAUUUUGUAUCUUAAAACCAAAUUUAUUUUUGUCUGACGCAUUUACACCUCACUAAACCUUAGCCACUUGUCCCUUCACCAAAACAAGAAAGGACGAGCUUUAAACAUAAUUAGGAAUUCAAUUGUUGUACUGAUAGGAGGUUAAAGGUGCAAUUUGUAAGUUAUCUGCCCCAACAAGAUGAACUACAACCACAAUCAACCUAAAACAAAAAUAAAACAAAGAAAAAAUAAUGCUAAGUAGUGCACCCUUUUCCUCCCAAUCUUUGGUGUUGCUUGCGAGUGCUCUCCAGGAGCGGUGGAGGCCACUAUUUUAUACAGAAAAUCGAACUUACGAAUUGCACCUUUUAAUAAUAAUGUUGUUGUUUGUUUAAUUUUUUAUGACACAGCUCACUUGGCAAAAGUUUGAUGAAUUUUUCUGUAUUUUCAUUCAGUGCACUCUGACUGUACUCCAAAUAAUCUGAUACCUCAGUGUCUUGUUUCCCUUUUCACUUAGAUACCAUGUCUUUGGUUAGCCGUUCAUCCAUCUGAACUAAAGUAAUGUAGUAUAUAAGGAAUUAGUGGUAAUUUGGAGCAUUAGUGGUUCCAUGCUGAGACAUCAGCUGGACUGGUUUAGUGGGGCAGAAAUACUACAUUUCCUUCAGGUUGUAGCAUCCAAGUGCAAUUUGCUACCAUGCCAAAUCCUUUGCAUCACUGUAUUUCAGCUCCUCCACAACAUAUGGAAGCACAUAGCUAUCAAAAUAAAAAAUUGAUUUUGACAGCUACAGUGGGGAGAACAAGUAUUUGAUACACUGCCAAUUUUUCAGGUUUUCCUACUUACAAAGCAUG